AUGCCAUCCGCCUACAAAAGUAAGGGUAAAGGGCGGGAUGCGCGCCAGUCGCGCAGUCGCAACACCACCCCAUCGACUGCAGGCGGUCCGACCUCUGUUCCUCCAUUACCAAGCUACCUCGAGAAUCUCGACGAUAUGACAAAGCGUAUCAAUGAAGCUACAGACAAGUAUAACGAGAUGCUCGACCUGGUUUCUGGACCUAACAUCCCUGACUCCAAGACCCUGGAAACUCUGGUGGAGCAUUUGAACAGUCUCAGUGAAAUGGCCAAUGCUCGUGGCGAUGCAUGUAACCAGGUCAUGCGCGAAAUGGCUCAAAAAAGGAAAGAAUUGUCCGAUGACCCGGAACUGAGUCGUGAGGUUGGCGACCGUGCAAAGCUCAAGCGCGAGACCGAGGAGGACGACGAUCCAGUCCACAAAAAAACCAAGAAGCGUAAAGAGCGGGCGAGUAAGGAAGCGCGGCCUUUAAACCAUGGAGCUCACGACGUGGCGCGUCAAGAUGGAGGCGAAACCAAAAUUGAAGGAGCGGCAUCCCCAGUGUCGAAAAUUUCCAAGAACGCAGGUUCCGAAGGCAGCUCUUCCCUCUCCCCUCCCUCUAUGAUGUCUCCCAACGGGGAGCCGACUGGCACCGAUGGGCCUGCUGCCCCCGGCAGUCCUGGAUCGGACUCAAGCGACAGCUCCCAUCAGCCCGAGCCUCAGCCUGCCGUGACCCAGCACCAAGUAUUCGGAGACAACCCACUCAAGUUCGAUGACCCAACGAUCUACCAUAUUCGUGAUGUGUACCCGGAGACAACGGACGAGGAGAAGAAGGAAAUCUACAGCGUCGCGGUCUUCCCCAAGAGUGAUCUACGCCACAUGAUGGCAGGCAUCGCACCCGACAAGGACUUUAGCAAUUCUAAGCCUUCCAACCAAGUCAGCGCCAACACCUUUCUGGCCUAUAUCGAACCUUACGUUCGGCCCCUCACAGAAGAGGACAUCGCUUGGUUAAGAGAAAGGGGUGAUCGCGUGACACCGUUUAUGAACCCACGCCGGGGGAAGAAGUCUUAUCGACAAAUCUGGUCGGAAGAAGACGGCGUUUCAUAUGACCAGAACCAGGAUGACAAGGACCAGCUUCCUUUGAAUCAGGGACGUGGCAGUAUCGAUACUCUGACGGACGACAAAGCCGAGACCAACGAGGUUUCGAUCGGACCACUUCUCAGCCGACUAUGUUCACUCCUCCGUUACGAGCAUCGUACUCUCCCCGAAGACACUUCCGGAUCUACCAACGGUGAUGCGCCUACCAAUGGAAUCGGGGGAGACGCAAUGGAUCUGGACCAGCCUAAUGGCGAGGUGGAGUCAAAAUCGGAAAACAAGCCUCUUCCCCCUGCGACUGCAUUCCGCGAUGCCUCUCCAACGGGAUUCAAGACCUCCGUCGCCAAACUCGACCAUGCCCAGCUUGAUGAACGUGCCAAGGCAGAGUUGCGCUAUAUUGGCUUUUUGGGGCCCGACGACAACCCCGACUACGAUGCACACUUUGACGAUGAGGUCUCAGAGCGACUCCGCCUUCUCCAGAGCGAGCUCAAGAAGCAGAUAAUUGUCAACAAUGCACGCAAAGCACGGAUGUUGAAGAUUGCCCAGGAGCAUAUGGCGCUGUUGGAAUUCACUACUAUUCAGGAUGACUUGGAUUCGCAAGUCCAACAGGCGUACCUCAAACGUACCCGAACUAUGGGCAAGAGCAAGAAGGGUUCCCAGGCCAAGCAUCGACCCGGUGGCGCUGGCGGUGGAAGUCAUGUCGCGGGUGCGGGCAUCUCUCGUCCUGCGGUCGGGGAUGCGGCGAAAAUCGUCAUGGACCGUCGUAAGCGCUGGAAUGACGCUUUCAUGCCUAUCUUCGAUGAUAUCAAGACUACCAUCCCGUCGGAAGGGGAGACAAUAUUUGAUCCAGCGACGAUGGCUGAGUACGAGAAGGCUGAACUGGAAGCCUGGGAUGAGGAGUAG